UUUGAAAAAGGAAGUUCGUCGUCCGUAGUAUAUCUCGGCGCCGUUUCCUUCCUUUAUUUACAGCUCCACAAAGAUAUCGCGUUUCGUUUCUAUCCUGAUUAGGAGUAGCCAGAGUCCGAAACAAAUCGAAUCUUUUUUUUUGGGAGGGGAGGCAAUCAAUCAAUUAGUAGUAGCAUAAUAGACUCAGAGUCAGAAGAGAGAUUGCGGCGAUGGCGAGCGGGCGGUUCAUGGAGGAGAUGAUGAGGGAGCACGAGCAGAGCCUGCUGGAGUCGGCCUGCGGCGGGCUCUUCGACCACAUCGACGACCUGCUCGACUUCCCCAAGGACGACUGCGCCGCCGACGUGCUCCUCCUCGACGCGCCCGCGCCCGGGAGCCCGCUCGCGGCGCGCGUCCUCGACGCCUGCGGCCUGCCGCCCGUCAAGCCCGAGCAGCCGGCCUUCCUCGCCCUGCCGCCGCCGCCGCCGACGCAGUCCGCGGCCGGGGUGGAGGAGUCCGCGUUCAUGGCCGCGCUCGGCGACGGCCACAUUGGCUCGUGUGACGUGCUGGACAUGGACAUGGAUUUGGCGCAGCUGGAGUGGCUGUCGGGGCUGCUGGACGACGCGUCCAUCCCGACCGAGCCGGCCUUCGCGGGAUGCGCGCAGCCCAUCAUCAGGGCCUCGGCGCUCAGCGCCAACGCCGGCGUCGUGCUGCCGGACCACACGGAGGAGGACGCGCUCUUCCGCAGCUCCAGCCCCACCUCCGUGCUCGAGGACAGCGCCGGCGGCUUCAACGCCACCAAGAACGGCAGCGGCGGCGGCGGCGGCUCCUCGGCCUCCUCCUCGUCCUCCUCCGCGUCCUCCUCCUCGGACUCCUUCUCCGGGGCCGCGCGCCCCUGGUCGGUGCCCGUCUCGCCGCGCCCGGAGCCGCCCGUGUUCGUCGUCCCGGCGCGCGCGCGCAGCAAGCGCUCCCGCGCGUCCGCGUUCCCCACGGCCAUCCGCGCCGCCGCGCCGCCGCCCGAGGCCACCAUCCUCGUGCCCACGCCCAUGUACUGGCCCACCACCUCGUCCUACUCCGAGCCCGAGAGCAUCGCCGAGUCCAACACCUCGCAGAAGAAGAAGAAGAAGGCCAAGAGGCCAGCGCCUCCGGUCACCUCCGACGCCGAGGGCGACGGCGAUGCCGACUACGAGGAAGGCAGCGGCGGCGGCGCCGCGCUCCCGCCGGGCGCCGUGCGGAGGUGCACGCAUUGCCAGAUCGAGAAGACCCCGCAGUGGCGCGCGGGGCCGCUCGGGCCCAAGACGCUCUGCAAUGCCUGCGGCGUCCGUUACAAGUCCGGCCGCCUCUUCCCGGAGUACCGCCCCGCGGCCAGCCCCACCUUCGUGCCGGCCGUGCAUUCCAACUCCCACAAGAAGGUGGUGGAGAUGCGCCAGAAGGUUGAGCCCAAGGGCGACGACCUGCUCCAGUUCAUCCGCCGCCGGGAUUGAGAGCUCCCUGCCGGCCGGCGACGGUCGGUCUCGUCUCCCUUAGCUACAAUAUAUUAUAUGUAUACAUGCUAGUAUGUAUGCAUGCAUGCUUGCUUCCAGCUAGUCAGUCGUCAGUCCAUCAACGUCGUCAGUCAUCGCCAUGAACAUGGACAGUGCCCGCCCGGCAUUGUUUGUUUUCAUGGAUGCAUCCACCCACCUUCAUCGCCAUGCAUUGGUUUUCCGUCAGCAUCCAUCCAUCCAUCCACCGCCGGUCAUCCUGGCUGGCGUUAGUUCGAAUAGGGCUUUUCUUUUGGGUUUCAUUUCACCUUUUCUUCUUUGUCUAUUACUUAAUUGGUUCCCCCUAUGAAGAUUUUUUUCCCGUUUGUAUAGAGGAGGGUGAGGAGGGCAGGAGAAAUAGAUGAAUCAAUCACAGAGUGGUUGUUGCAUUGCAGUUGCUUGCAAGUUAGGUAGGUGAGAAGGAGAGCUGAGCUAGUUGCAGCAGAGGGAGACAGAUUUUAGGAAGGAAACUUUGCAGCUAGGCAGUCAAUUAGGAAAGAGGCUGUGCUCCAAGGGAGAGUGAGAGGUGAAGGAAAAUUUGUUGAUUUGCUAAGUUAGAAAGUUUGUGUCAAGUAGUAGCCAUCAGGAGGUUGAAGCAGGGGGAUCACCAAUCAUAGUCAGUCUAUAUUGGAGCUUGGUGUACUGAACUCUGAAUAUUCUUUUUGCAGUUCGUCUGUGUCUAGGGAUUUAUAAGUACUGUUUGGUUUUUAUACUAGUAGUGUCACCUUUGUAUUAGACAUUAAUUACUUUUUUUUCCUUUUCUGUUGCUCAUGCCUUGUUGCCUCAACACAAGAUGUGAUCAUCCAAUCAGAGGAAAUAUAAUCCUUUAGCUCUUGCUCA